AUGAGACAUGCCAAAGAAAAUACGACCCUAACUCCAAUAGAAACGCAAUAUCUCAUCAAUGAAAUUGUCAAGACUAGAGAAGCCGUCGAUGCAAGGAAUAAACGGGGCGAAGAAUCCCUUUGCCCUAUUUGCAAGCUCCCAAAGUAUUCGAUAAAGUAUUGUGAACAUUGCAUGCGUAUAAAAUUAAAAAAGGAAGUAUGGACAUCAGGAAAUCUUAAAAUCGAUGACUUUCUUCGAAAACAUCAAGAUGAAAGCCCCGUACCACAUUGCAUUAUCGAGUGGAUUGAAUUCAGUGAUUUAAAAAACGUUGAAUUUCUAGCUGAAGGCGGGUACGGAAAAGUAUACAGUGCAACAUGGACUCGUGGUAAUAUUAUUGACUGGGACAUUAAAGAGAAUAAUUUUAUAAGAGAACCCAGAAACGUGGCCCUUAAAAUCUUUAAUAAUAAUGAUCUCUCUAAAAAUGAAGUCUUUCAAGAAGCAAAUUGGAAUCAAAUAUUUACUAGAAAUCGAACUGUCAGAUUUUUUGUUGUUAUGGGUUUAGGUUUUACAAAGAAUGAAGAAGGGGAAUAUAUGUUUGUUUUCGAUUUCUGUGAAGGAGGUGAUUUACGAGCUUAUCUUCAAAAACAUCACAAAAACAUGAGUUGGAAGGAUAAAAUUAGGUUGGCCUGGAAUAUCUCCCUUAACUUAUAUAGAAUUUCAGAGACAGGAUCAAUUCAUGGUGAUUUACAUCCGGGUAAUAUACUUUUACAAAGGAAUGGGGGCAAUUGGGUUAUCUCUGACUUUGGAACGUGCGGUAAUCCUGUAUACAUUUUACUCGGCCUUCGGCCUACCAUAGUUCCCGGAACACCAAAAAUAUAUGCCGAUUUAAUGCAAAACUGUUGGGCAGAGAAUCCCCGUGAUCGCAUUUCCGUAAAGGACGCAGCGAAUACUCUCCAGGCACUAUUGAGAAGUAUGAUGGAGAAUUAUUUUGUGGACGAAUAUCCCGUUACGGAAAAUCAGUCGUGGAAAUCACAAGAAUCAGAUUAUAGCUCUCAUCGAACUAAUACAGAAGAAAUGAAUACUGAGGAGGAAAAAAUUCCCUUGACAACAUACAAAGCGAUCAACGAAGAAGUGGCAGAAAGACAGAGCAAAAUAGAAAAACAGAUUGAACACAUGGGAAGAAUGCUAUCAGAACUGUUGGAGAAUGGUCAAGCAGCAGUCAUAAAAAAGAAACAGCAGCCGCAAGGGCAAUAG